AUAGAGGAUAAACUGAUAUGGCAUUUUACUCCUGAUGGGGUGUUCUCGGUCAAGUCAGCCUAUCAUCUGGCUGUCUCCCUUGAUAGUAGGAGGGGGAGGUGGAAGGCGUCGACUAGUUGGAUGGAUAGAUCCAGUUGGAUCCGGUUGUGGGAUGCGAAUAUUCCCCCUAAGCUGAGAGUCUUUGUUUGGCAAAUUCUAAAUCGAAUUCUCCCCACCACGGAGGCCCAAUUGCUCGAAUGGUCCCUAUCCUCCCUCGUUGUCCGGUCUGUUGGGGUGGCCCGGAGACCAUGGAGCAUCUGUUUCUGGAUUGUCCGGUGGCGCGUGAGCUCUGUGGCCUCUCGGGGCUAGAGUACUUAGGGGAGGGGUUCCCUCGCCAUAUUAUUCCUCUGUUUCUUAAACGUUUGAUGGCCUUAAUUCGGCAACCGACGCUCUUCAUGGCAGUCGUCGCUGUCCUUUGGCGCAUCUGGCGGUCGAGAAAUUGGGUGGUGUUUAAAGGGAAGCAGUUUGGGUUCCCCGCGUUGAUGAGGCAGUUUUCCCAGCAGUAUGAGGAGUGGGUGGGGUUACCGGUGGAUUUGCCUCGCGUGCCUUCUCCCCCGAUGGUUCCACGGUCAGCUGGGUCAGGGCAGGCUGCAGGGUUUACUUGCCAGUGGGACAGGGCUACCAGGAAGGAUUUGCAUUCAGCAGGUGGCAUGGUUCUUCUGUCUCCCUCUGGAGAUGUUCUUAUGGCUCACGGGAUUCAGUUUCAGGGGAUUGAUGACCCUGUGUUCAUGGAGUUGCUAGUGCUCCGGGAGGCUAUUACUUGGUGUUUGGGGCAGGGGUUUACGGGGAUGCGCUUCGAAGGGGAUGCUAAGAUUGUCAUUGAUAAAAUCAAUUGCAAGGAUGCUAGGGACAACCGGAUGGGCUCCGUUCCGGAAGAAGUCUUCCAAUAUUGUCGUAGCAGCCCAGGGAUUAGUGUACGGUUUAUAGGUCGGAGUAGUAAUAGAGUGGCCCAUUUGGUGGCUAGAAAAGCCCUCUCUUUGUACCCGACCAUGAGUCGUUUCUUUGAUUUCCGGACCUGGCUUGGUUCCAAGGUGUAACUAUCUAUGUUUUAGUAUCAAUAUAUGAUUAUCUUUUGUAAAAAAAAAACCAAGUCAAUUUAGCUGAUUCCAACGAGCUAGACUCGAUCGACGAGGAAGGAAGUUGAUGAUGUUCUGCCAACAGAUCCAACAAUAUUGCAAGCUCGUGGAACAUUUAAACAUAACGAAAUGAAAAAAAAAAAAAACA